AUGAAGCCCUCCGAAUACAAGAGCUACCUUCCAAUUCGACUUGAAGGUGGGAAUUUUGCCGAGUGGAAAUUCAAAUUGGACAGAUGGGUCUUUUCACAGCCACCAAUAUGUAGACACAUUGCAUUUGGUUUGAUCAACUGGGAGGGAGUGGAUAGCUCAGUCCAACCUUACUAUGCGAACGUUGAUAAGAAAAAAUUCGAACAACUUCUGUUCAAAGCUGAAGAGCUUAUAAUUGACGUUGCUCUAGAGAACAUCAAUCCAGACAAAUUUAAGAUCAAUGAUUUGCGUGUGAUGUCAUUCGGCCUGCUUCUUGCGGCUCUCUCCCAAGAAUGUAAGAAAAGAAUUGGCUCGAUGUAUCUUACUGAGUUGAGAUCUCGAGUUACUUCAAAGGUAUCGCCAAAAAAAGGGGCGAGGCAUCGCCGCAUAUAUGGUCCAACUGAUUGGAAAAUCGAGUACUUGGAUAUAUUGAUUGACCCCUUCAAGGUAUCUGAGAAAAAAUUCAAUAAAUUUUGGAACAUUUUGGCUGAGAAGAACCUUGACGAGAAGCUUGUGCCUACCGCUUUUGAAAAGUCCCAAUGUGAAUUCUCCAGAACAAAUUGUCUAUACCGAGUUCUACAACCUUGUUAA